AUGUCGAUAGUGUACCUCGUCAAAACCGACGGCCAGCAACGACAGCAACGAGCCCCGGCGUCAGUGAGAGAUGAGCAAACUCUCGGGAACUUUUGCUUAGACAUCUUAUCGGUCUCGUCUGUGACGCAAAAAACAAUACCUCUCGAGAAGAGUGACUCCGUUCAGGGCAUUUACUUUUUUGAGGAUGAUACCUCUGUCUCUGUUUCUGUCUAUGGCCUUCUGCCCUGA